AUAUGUAUCUAAAACUGGAAGAUGUGACCCGUAAGUUUAAUAAGCCUUGCAUAAUGGAUGUAAAAAUAGGUCAGAAAAGUUAUGAUCCGUAUGCUUCAGCUGAGAAGAUACAGCAGCAGGUCAGCAAGUACCCGCUGAUGGAAGAGAUUGGCUUUUUGGUACUUGGCAUGAGGGUUUACCAUGCCUCUUCUGACAGCUACGAGACACAAAACCAGCACUAUGGAAGGAGCUUGACAAAGGAAACAGUAAAGGACGGCAUCUCAAAGUUUUUCCACAAUGGGUACUGCUUGAGAAAAGAUGCAAUAGCUGCCAGCAUUCAGAAGAUCGAAAAAAUUUUGGAGUGGUUUGAAGGCCAGAAGCAACUCAACUUUUAUGCAAGCUCAUUGCUGUUUGUUUAUGAAGGUUCAUGUCAGGCAACAACCGUGCGGUUGAGUGAUGUCACCUUGGCGGAGAAGAGAGGAGUGCCCAAAGGACUGUUAUCAGGUGAAGACAUACUGGAGUAUAAUAAUAAUAUUCAUGUAAUAAAUUCUACAGAGAAUGGAAAAAUCGAGGCAUCUGUAAGUAAAGGCUUGUCCAAAUUUUAUGCACUUCACAAAAAGGCGUACUCGAAGAGGCACCACAGUCAGCUCUCACUAAAAGUUGAAAACUUGGAGCAAGGCAACGUGUGGAAAAGCAGCACGUGCAUUACACAGGAGCAUCUGAACGGAAAUGUUAUACCCCAACUGGAAAAAGUUUUCUGUCACAUGCCAGCAGAGAUCAAGGAAAGCGCAAACGUAGAAGUCCGAAUGAUAGAUUUUGCUCAUGUGUUUCCUAGCAACACAAAGGAUGAGGGCUACAUUUAUGGUCUGAAGAAUUUAAUCACAGUACUUCAAAAUAUUUUGGAUAACUAAAUUCUUUGCUAUGUUUUUUACUGGGGGCCAAUGAUAAAGAGGAG